AUGAGCGAUUCCCCAUCCAUCAGGAGCAGUGUUAGUUCGAAUCAGGACGAAGAGUCCCCACCAAAAAAUGAAGCUUCAGAAGGUUUCGCUUAUUGUAACCUCGAUCAAUACUAUUCAUCAAAAGCAACAAAUGGACAACUUUCCUCAACACGUGACCAGGAACAUUCGAAAACAAAGCAAAAAGAUGGGAUAACAAUAUGCACAGAGGAAACAGCAAUUCAAACAGACAUAAAAGAGCAUAGUAGAAGAAGAGAAAGUUUUCUUUCAUCAAAGAUUAAAAGUAUUUCAGCUCAUUUUGACAGGAUUUCAUCUGGCAUUGAACGAACAAGAUUGCAAAAGGAGCAGAAGCAGCAAAAAGUCAAAGAUAAGUUGGAAACAUCUGAAAAGUUGAGAGAGACGUUUAUCGCAAAACGUAGGUUAUCGGCAAGUGCAACAAUCCAGAUGAUAACCAAUUCUUCCGAAAGCCUAAAUUCCUUUGGUAGUAGCAUAAUUGCACCAGAAAAUGAGAGGUUUGUAUUUACAGACUCAGUUAAAGUUAAAGAGUUUGUAGAUGGACAGCAAAACAUUACAAACGAAAUUGAGAAAUUGGAGCUGAAUCUACCGGAGAUUGAUAAUGAUAAGGUGAAGGCAGAGGAAAUUAUAGAAAUAUUGUCCAAAUCCCAGUUUUUUUCUGAUGUUUCAGGGCAAUACAAGAAUGUGGAUCUAAAAUCGAUGUAUAAGCUUCUUUUAUCGCAAAAGAUUCGGUAUAGCAUUACCAUCGUAUUUGAUCAUAUGCGAGAAAAUCUAUCUGCUAAAUAUGCAGAUGUCAAGUCUGAAGAACGCCCAACAUCGAUUGAAGCACGUUCAUUUUUGUACAGUCUUACUAUGUUAGUUGAAGACAGUUACCACAAAAAUGCAUUUCGGGUUCCAACGUAUGCGGCAAGGUUAGAAAACGCUGAUCCGUUUUACGUUUCACAAUCCCUUCGUGAGAGGAAUUUAAUAGUAAAGAGUCAAUUUCUAAGUAACGAGUACUAUGAUUUUAUUGUGAAGAGUAUCCUCGAGACUUCAUUAUCUCUGUGGACGCUCUUCUCGAAGCUAUUAGAUAAAAAUCAUGAUAAAGAGGAGACUCAGAAGCUGAUGGACUUCUUUUACGAGCAUUUCGAAACAGAGUUCAUACAGCAAUUUGGAGUCUUCAGAUAUUUAAACUUGUUCAGGAGCGCAGCUUCUUUGAUAGAAGUAAAUGGAAAGUUGGAUUCACAUUUGGAAUACUUGAAGAUGCUGAAGGAAUUGGCCACUGGACAUGAGAUAAUCAACCAAUACGACCUAACUAUAAAGGAAUGUGAGAAAUCAAUUGCAACCAAUAAUGCACAUCUAAAAGAACUAAGCGAACGUUAUAUCAAAAAAGAGUUUCGAUCAGAUAUUCUGAAAGAAGAAAAGAUCAUGUAUAGAAAAUACGAUAGUGAAUCCGCAAAGGGAAUAAACGGUGGAUUAACGGAAAUUAGAUGUUCUACAGGUUCAAGUCCUUUCGGAAAUAGAGAUAGUUCCAGUAGUCACCAUUAUUCCGGAUAUUCAUCCUCUCUAAGUCAACCUUCGAGUCAGAGUAGGGUCCAAGAAUGGGGUAUUCCUCUUCUGUUGAUUCCACCAACCUUUUCACUACUUCAAUGGAGACAGAGUAUCAUAAAAACUUAUAUCGACUACCGCCAUGAUGCUGCUAUUAACGAAAUGGGAAAGUUAUCAACGAUGAAGUUUCUGAAAACUGGCCAUCAGUUUCAUCGUAUCAUACGACUUCAGCGUCAUUUCAAAAGUCAAACUGCAAAGCACCCAAUAAUAAGGAGGAGACAGAUUCGCCGGAGAUCAGGAUUUAGCAAUUAUUUGGCAAAUAAGUAUGUUUCAGAUGUCGAGAAUCUUAGGGAAUGGCUCUCGCUCAAGACUUUCAACGAAGGUGUUAUAGAAACUGUUGAAAAAUUGUCUCACAUGCCUUCAGUAAACUCCAUGCUGGUUGAUGUAGUUCAGAUUGUUGAAAGAUGCAUGAGGGCUUUGAUGAUAGUAUCAGACGAUACUUUACAAAGCAAAAUCGCAAUUGUCGGUGGCCCCAACGAUGCUAAAGAUAGAGAGUUAAUAGCUUUGAUUGGUAAUGCAUCGACUGCUUUAGGUCUGAUUGACAAUUCCAGUCUUAAAAUCGAAAAAUACUUUACCACUGUUCUACAAGCUCUAAGUAAACAGGUACCACAGUUUUUGGCUGAAGAAAAUAGAGAGCUCAAGAAACUUUUGGAUAAUGAAAAGAUAGAUGGUACUUUUAUUCAGAGAUUUAUCGAGUUAAUCAGAGAUUAUAUGAUACAUGGUAUAAACAAGUUUAUAUCUGAGUGUCUUUUGUUUGUUUCAGAUAGAAUUAAAACCUUUGAAGUGACCAUGUUUGACAAUACUCAUGGUUCUUCAAGCGUUCCACUGGACCUCAGGCUUCCAAUAUUGUUUAAUAUUUUCCUUUGCAUUCAGCAGCAGAAUUCAGAGACUCAAAUUGCUACAAAGUGUAAGACCUACUAUACAUUUUUCAAUGAAAUUUUCAUCCACUUACUGUGCAAUGCCAAUUUAGAUAUAUUAGAGUUACCGGAACCUGCAGAAGCUUUUGCCAUUCAAUUUGAAAAGAUCCAUGGCAGAAUUAGAAGCUUUAUCUUUUCUCAGGCAUUACUUGUCCUAUUAAUCACAUAUUUUGGACAGGAAACAUUGAUCAAGGCAGAAAAUAUUCGAAAAGAGCUUGGUGAAACACAAAAAUCCCUUUUUGAUUUCCAGGAUCUUUUCACCAAAAUGGAAAGUUUCCUAACUGAUCACUUCGAGGAAACUGGUAUAUACUCUAUUGAUGGCUUUGUGAAAUUGCAAGUUAUUCGUAUAAUUAAAGAGAAUUGCGGUUCCAGGCUUGUCGGUGUGAGCAAACGUGAUAAAAAGCAGUUAAUCGAAUCAAAUAUUGACACAAACGUGAUACUGGGACUAAUAGAUCAGUCAAUCAAAGUGAAUAUUGAUGGAAAUAAAGCUAGUCUUACCGUGGCUUCAGUAUACACGAAAACCAUUUCAAAUCUACUUCAGCUAGCUUCUAAUAACGGAAAGGCUCCCAAUACUACUGGGACCAAAGAAGAAUAUUCCGGACUUAUUGGUCAGUUUUAUAAAACAGAUAAGAUGGAAGAGUUUGUGACGAACAUCGUGGUUGACUAUUAUGAUACAUUCAAUUUGUUUUAUGGAAUCUAUCUGGAAAGCUUAAAAAGUCUUUGGAUGGAGUUUGGAAUGUUGACGAGAUCAUGA